GGGGGAUCAAUGAAAAUUUUCCGCCUUGCGAUAAAAAAGGUAUAAAAUCGAUUCUGCUAUUUGAUAUGAAGUUGAGACCGUGGGAUUAAAAACGCCCAAACAAGGACUACAAAUUGCUCAAGCAAUAUCAAAAACUUAACGAGGCAUAUACAUACCGUCGGUGAAGAAAAUUCUUAAGGAGAAGAAGAUUUGUUAUAAUAAUCUUAUUGUUGAUUAAGUGUUCUGUGAAACAAUAAACCGUAAGCAGCUUACAUAUGAACUACAAAUAAAUAUUUCUACCUCGUCUUCAAAAGAAAGUAAAGAUACAGAACGCUGCACGACUUGACGCUAAUGAGAGAUAAGGUCGAGAGCUGUCGUCCACUGUCUUAGCUGGAAUAUCUAGCUAGACGCGUGUAGCCCGUGACAACAAUUUUUGUAGAACAAAAAAAAUCUGCUAGUCUGUAACGCCAUUUCAAAAUCUACGAGAAAUUAAUAGUGCGAUCAUUUGGUCGAAAAAAUCGGGGUUACUCGGAAUGAUUCCCGGGAGUCUUAUAUAUUGUUAUGUGCUCUUUCCGCAUUUCUAUUUUAUGGCCUCGUAUGUGCGAAGCGUAUCUUGGAAAUAUAAAAUUAAAUUAGACACAAUUUCCUACAUUUUCUGUUCAGACAACUUUUUUUGUAUAAAACGUAUGGUAGAGCAAAUCACGUCAGCUGUAGGCAUAGCGCAUAUGUGAUGCGAUACAUACUUUUGUACUGCAUAUUGUAAAAUUGACAAUGAGACGUCACAGCCGUUAUUUAAAUACGAAAAGAUUUAUGAUCAGUCAUCACAAGCCGUUUGGUUUGCGCACGUUAUAAUUUUUAUAUUUAAUUUUAGACUAUUGAGUCUUCAUGGUUUAACUUCAUGGUGAAAUCCAUUAACAUUAUAUCUGAACAUUGUUAUUGCCAUUACCCAGACCGAGUAAAUCUUGCCGACCAGUUUCGUCUAAGAAAAGAUCAGGAAUUAGGAUUCAUAAAUUAUGUACCUUCAAACUGCUACGCCAUUUCCAAAUGAAAUGUAAAAUAAAACCACCCUGCGGUUGGCUGGUAGAGAAUGCCAUUCGGCAUUAAGCCCGCCUAUGUUUCUUCUUGUACAUAAAGUGUUAUAAAUAAAUAAAUGUAGGUCAUGAACACCGAAAAUAUUCAACACCAAACAUUGCAUUAACUGAUAUAAACCUAAGCCGCACUAUGAUAUAAACCGUGGUAAAAAAUUGAUGUAAAACAAAGUUAAACUCACGUGUUGAAAAACUUGCGGUUAAAAUAUCAUAUCAUGGAUAUUUUUUUUGUGAAAUACACGAAAGAAACUGUUUCAAGAUUUGUAUUUUAUAAAGAACUUGGUAGGUAGACGCAGGGUUAAAGCCGUGGUGCGCGUGUCUUGAGCGGUUCGCGGUUACAGUGUUUUCAGAAAAAUCGUGCUGCGGCCUGGGUGGCAAUCAUAAUUUGAUCUCCAUUGUCACUGAGAUUUACUGCGGCAAACAAAAUCAUAUUAAAUAAAUAUUAGGUAUGACCAUUACGCUAAAGCGAUUAACCUGAAGCCAGAUGACAAGUGAAGUUUUGUUUAAAACGAUAGCAGUGUCUGUUAUGCGGUUCAGAGACUUGAGGUAGAGCGACACAUCUCACUGAAAUAUAAUGUCGAUUUUCUUCUUCCGAUUCCACAAUCUACAACGUGCCGAGGAAAACCGAAAGAAGCACUACAGAAACACGAAAACUAGACGAAACAUGAACUCAGACGUGCUUACAGCCCCAUCACGACUGCUUGAGCGACCACUCAGCGAACCGGUCGACAGCCUCGAUGAAAUCGCCCUACAGAUACCCAGAGUCCGAGUGGAGUAUUACGUAAACGAGAACACUUUCAAAGAAAGACUGCAACUAUAUUUUAUAAAAAAUCAACGAUCGAGUUUACGCAUUAGAAUAGCUAACUUAUUUUUCAAACUUUUGACCUGCGUGUUGUAUAUAUGCCGAGUUUGCGCUGAUGGCGAUCCCAUUACCGCUUCCUGUUACGGCUGCAGGCCUGGGAAUAAGACUGAAUUCGAAUAUUCGGCUAACUUGACGGAAGAGGAAUUUCAGGAGCACCCGAUUAUUAAUUGGGACGGAAUAAUAUGGGUCAAUAGGCCCCUGUAUUUGUGGGUUGUGCAAGUCAUAUUAGCUAUGAUAUCUUUUACCGAAGCCAUACUACUCGCUUAUUUAGGCUACAAGGGUAAUAUCUGGCAACAAGUCCUGUCGUUUCACUUCAUCUUAGAAAUGGUGAAUACGAUACCAUUUGCAUUAACGUUGCCGUUUCCACCGCUCAGAAAUCUGUUCAUACCAGUAUUUUUAAACUGCUGGCUGGCAAAAAGAUCUCUCGAGAACAUGUUUAACGACCUCCACAGAGCUAUGCAAAAGUCCCAAUCCGCGUUAUCACAACAAUUAAUGAUAUUAUGCGUCACAUUAUUAUGUCUGGUCUUUACAAGUGUCUGCGGGAUCCAACAUUUUCAACGAGCCGGGCAUCGUCACCUCAAUCUGUUUCAAGCCACGUACUUCGUAGUAGUUACCUUUUCGACGGUGGGCUACGGCGACUUCGUGCCUGAUAUAUGGCCCUCACAACUUUUUAUGGUUAUCAUGAUCGGAGUGGCGCUUGUUGUGCUACCUACACAGUUUGAGCAGCUGGCAUUCACGUGGAUGGAAAGGCAAAAACUUGGUGGCUCAUAUUCAUCACAUCGUGCACAAUCGGAAAAACACGUCGUCGUAUGCUCUACUACUUUGCAUGCCGAUACUAUAAUGGAUUUCCUGAACGAAUUCUAUGCUCAUCCCUUAUUACAAGACUACUAUGUAGUACUGUUAUCUCCUAUGGAGUUAGACACUACUAUGAGAAUGAUAUUACAGGUACCAAUUUGGGCACAAAGAGUUAUUUAUAUCCAGGGAUCGUGCUUAAAAGAUACAGAUUUAAUAAGAGCUCGUAUGAAUGAGGCUGAAGCAUGUUUUAUUCUCGCUGCUAGAAAUUAUGCCGACAAAACAGCGGCAGAUGAACACACUAUUUUAAGAUCAUGGGCUGUUAAAGAUUUUGCUCCAGCUGUGCCGCAAUAUGUGCAGAUCUUCAGACCUGAAAAUAAAUUGCACGUCAAGUUUGCUGAAUUUGUGGUUUGUGAAGAUGAAUUUAAAUAUGCUCUGUUAGCAAACAAUUGCACCUGUCCAGGAGCUUCGACACUAGUAACCCUUUUACUUCAUACCAGUCGCGGGCAGGAAGGUCAGCAGUCGCCUGAAGAAUGGCAUCGAUUAUACGGAAAAUGCUCUGGAAACGAAAUUUACCAUAUUGUUUUGGGUGAUAGCCGGUUUUUUGGCGAGUACGAAGGAAAAAGUUUUACCUACGCUAGUUUUCACUCGCACAGAAAGUACGGAGUUGCUCUAGUUGGAGUACGUCCAGCAGAACUACCUGAAUUCUAUGAAGAAACGAUUCUGUUGAAUCCUGGUCCUCGUCAUAUUAUGAAGAAUAGUGACACCUGUUAUUACAUGAGCAUCACAAAAGAAGAAAAUUCUGCUUUUGUCGUUGCUGAUAAACAAUCAGAACAGAAACCGACAAUACCAAAAGACCAAACCGCAUGUAGUCUACUUUCUAAUGAGAAGAAACCAGGUGACGCAGAGGAGGUUUCUGACCAGCAGAAAAAACCAGACGGUAGUAGCGUCGCUCAAUACGACCUUCCACAAGUGAUUCUCCAAGCUCCCGCGAGUUCCACACCAAAAGCAUCGCCAUCACGCAUCAACCAAGCUAAUACUGUAUCAUCCGCUAAUUUUACUGUCACUGGCUCGAAGUAUGGCGAAGGCACGUCGGCGGGUGAUUCCAGAACUUGCUCAAAAGAUUCUCCUGGAACAGACAGUGCCACAGACAGUCAUCUGUUGUUGCCUAAGCCUGACAACAACUUCCUAAGCCCCGACGCCUUAAAUUAUCGAAGAGGAAGUCGACGGCCAUCAAUAUUACCUGUACCUGAUAUGGUAACCAGCAACUUAAAUAUUGCCUCUGAUAAUCAAGACGAAGAAGUUGAGGCUGAUGAAAGUGAAGAUGAAUUGGAGGAUGAUGUACCGUGGCGAUCGCCAUCAGAAAAGAUAGCUGAUGACGUCACCACCAGCAGCUUCUCUUCAUUGGCAGCCAGUGACAUCGCGCACAGCGCCUGGCGCAACGACUAUAUGAGAAUUGUGAAAGGAUUCCCGCCAGUAUCACCAUUCAUUGGAGUGAGCCCAACUUUAUGUUAUCUACUGAAGGAGAAGAAGUCAUUAUGCUGUCUACAAUUAGCACAAGUCUGUGAACAUUGUGCUUACAGAAAUGCUAAAGAGUACCAAUGGCAGAAUAAAACAAUCAUCCUUGCUGCUGAUUACGCAUCAAAUGGAAUAUACAACUUCAUUAUACCCCUGCGGGCCCACUUUAGGUCUAAGACCUCUCUAAACCCUAUUAUUUUACUGUUAGAACGCAGACCAGACAUAGCAUUUUUAGAUGCAAUAUCUUACUUCCCGUUAGUAUAUUGGAUGUUGGGUAGCAUUGAUUGCUUGGAUGACCUGUUGCGUGCUGGCAUCACAUUGGCUGAAAACGUAGUCGUUGUCAAUAAAGAAUUAUCCAAUUCCGCGGAAGAAGAUAGUCUGGCAGACUGUAAUACAAUAGUUGCUGUACAAACUAUGUUCAAGUUUUUUCCAUCAAUAAAGUCAAUCACAGAACUAUCACAAUCGUCAAAUAUGAGAUUUAUGCAAUUUCGUGCACAUGAUAAAUAUGCUUUACAUCUUUCGAAAAUGGAAAAGCGAGAGAAGGAGCGUGGUUCGCAUAUAUCUUACAUGUUCCGUCUGCCGUUUGCCGCAGGCUCUGUGUUCUCGGCAUCAAUGCUAGACACGUUACUGUAUCAAGCAUUUGUAAAGGAUUAUGUGAUUACCUUUGUGCGAUUAUUAUUGGGAGUAGAUCAAGCUCCAGGAUCAGGAUUUCUCACUUCAAUGAAAAUCUCAAAAGAAGACAUGUGGAUACGAACAUAUGGUCGGUUAUAUCAAAAAUUAUGUUCAACUACAUGCGAAAUUCCGAUUGGAAUAUAUCGCACUCAGGAUACGACAUUAGCCGAUGCAUCUCACCACGUGAGUAUGUCGCCAAGGACCCCAUCAAAGUGGUUUUGGUCACGCCUCGCGAGAAUGCGACCAUCGCGUGCAUCGUUGCAGCAGGAGGAAGGCGAAGGCGGUGGAUUUUCUACUUGUGGGCGCCGGGAGGCAGCAAGCUGCCUCAGUGGCUGCUACGGGGAACGCACGCCGGCGUAUUCUACAAGCCUAGCGGAUGAAGCACGAGACAAUCAUGCUCAACAAAUCGAAAGGGCUGAAAUAGCCAAUCUAGUAAGAUCUAGAAUGGAGUCGUUGAACUUAACAGGUAUCGACUAUGAUGAUGUUAGUGAAAAGAGGAACAGUCUAUCCUACGUUAUUAUAAAUCCAAGCUGUGAUCUCAACUUGCAAGAGGGCGACAUUAUAUACUUAGUCCGCCCGUCACCUUUCUCUGCACAAAAGACGUUUGAACGCCACAAUAGCCGCCGCAAGUCAAAUAUCAGCUUUUGUUCACAAGCAUUAAUCCAAGCUCAGGGAGUUUCGAGCAGAAGAGGAUCAACUAUCGGGGCAAGCUUUGUACCACCACGAGCGCCUCCGCUAUCAACUACUAAAGCCAAUUCAUUAUCCCUGCCCGAUAGCCCCACAAUUAUCACAGAUUUUCGUGGCAGAUCUAACUCACUUCGGGUCGUUGAUGAUAUACUGUUAAGAAGAUCUAACUCACUACGGCAAGGGUUGAGUGGCGUAGGAUCUCGCCGCCGCAAGAGUAGUCUCGAAGAAAUUGGUAUAUCUCAUUUCAAUUCAUUAUUGCAACACCAACAACAACAGCAGCAACAGAAUGCCUUCAAAAUAGCUUUAAAUGGCAGUAUUGGUCUAGAAGUAACGCCACCAGAAGAACAUCCGCUAGAGCGUCUGCCCGGUCCCAGUAUACCACUCGGUGGAUACCAAGAGGUGGCAGCUGCUUUACCGUCUUCAUCUCUGGGUCCCUCGCUCCCAAGUGUCACUCCUACCCCAGAUCCCCAACAUUUGCAAGGGACUAUUGUAUGAUACCACCUAAUGUGGGGACGACGACUGAGUUCCGUUAUUAGAAACAAGUGGACGUAGAUAUAUUAGCCCGGUAAAAUAAAAUGGUAUUUCUCCUGUAGCUGAUACCGGCUUAGUAAUAAAGUUCACUGUGCGGGACUAAACUCGUUCCGUAGCGUCCCUACCUUCUAAAUAAUUAUCACUUGUGUACAUGUUUAAGUACAGACUUAGUGAUUAGACUGGUGGUGAAAGAGCUGUGUAAUUUAAGCGGGAUCAAUUAGUUACUAGGUACUGGGGAUUUAUUAUGUCAGCACAUCGCUGCCGGUGUAUAUCAGAAGUUGUAGUGUUUUAUUUGAAAUUGUAAAUUAAACUUAAAAUAAACUUUACAAAAUGUUAAUUAUUGUAAAUAUAUUUAUAUAGAAAUCUAUUUAACUUAAAUAAUGAAUAUAAUCACAUAGGGUUCAUUUUUCUAGAUUUAUUGACCAAAUUAAUAUAAACUUGGGUUUGAAAAUAGAUUCCGUACUUUAAUUAUGCAUAAUCUGCAGAUUAGAUUUAUCUAAAUAGAUUUCAAAUAUCACCCUAAACAGAAUCAGAUAAUAAAGAACUUACAUGUAUUCA